GUAUUGAUCUUGUCAUUUUUGAAGGUGAUGAUACUAUUCUUGAAAGUUUAUUUAAAGAAUCAGAUUCAUUACUUGAUUCCAGAGCUAUUGAUGAUCUAUUUAAAGAAAAAAAAUCAUCAAUUGGACUAUUUGCUCUUGAAUCUACUAUUAACAUUGUUCUUGAUUAA